AUGCAUGCACCGAUAAAGCCAUUCCCUGCACGGCUCUGGGAGAAGUGUCUUGAAGGAGGCUGCAACGUCGAGGGAUGGGACGAAGACACGGAAGUUGCCUCUGGUCUUGGGCCUACCGGGGAUACACUCAACGUCCUAGCUCACGGUAACUGGCCCCCAGAGUUCCGUCACGGCCUUGUGUGGGGCAUGACCGAGCUGGUCGGUGGACUCUCAGAGCCCUACCGUAUGACAGCAGAUCGACCACCUGUCAGGGGAGAGGGUGGCAAGGUGGGUAUUGAUGCCUUCAAGGCCCCCAAGAACUUCCAUAUCAGCCGAUACGCCUGGGAUGACGACCAUUGGGAGAGUCAGGCAUUCAUCAGUCUAUCAGCCUCCAUGGAGGAUGCUGGGUCCUCAACUUGCGAGGCACUCGUUGGUGCUUUGGAGACCGUCAUUGGGGCUUUCAAUGACAACAUCGGGUCUCUUAUUGGUGCCGCCGAGCCUGCUUGCGGUGCUACUGGCUAA